UGGGAGCCGGAGCCGAGCGGUCCCGCACCCGGCGCUGCCGGCAGCCCGGCUCGUCCCGCCGCCGUACUGUUUGCUCUGGGAGGGUUGUCGUGUAAAACCGUCAAGAAAGAAGCACGUUCAGGCUCUCUGUCCUGUGUGCACAUCAGUCCGAGAGGAAGCACAGCUCAGCCUGCAGCGCAGCCAUGGUGCGGCUGACCACUGACCUCGUCGCCAGGUGCCUCGGCCACAGGAACCGCAGGGAGGAGGACUUGGGACGGCACCUGCGAAAAAUAACUCAUCUGAAUCUAUCAGAUAGAAACCUAGAUGCAAUCGGUGACAUCUCGUUGUGCAGAAACCUUAGAGUUUUGUAUUUAUACGAUAACCAAAUCAGUCAAAUCCAGAACCUGGGCUUUGCUUCACAUUUAACACACCUUUACCUGCAGAACAACUGCAUUUCAUGCAUAGAAAAUCUCUCAUCACUGAAAAACCUCGAAAAACUGUACCUGGGGGGCAACUCCAUCGCUGUAGUAGAGGGUCUGGAUCAAUUAAAAGAAAUAAGGGAGCUACAUAUUGAAAGUCAACACCUCCCUCUUGGCGAAAAGCUUCUCUUUGAUCCCAGAUCCCUCAGGUCCUUGGCAAAAUCUUUGUCUGUGUUGAAUAUUAGCAAUAACAACAUUGAUGAAUUGGAAGAACUGGCAGUUCUGGAAAAUCUUUCUCAUCUUAGAGCAGCUGACAAUCAACUUCAACAUAUGAAGGAUUUGGAGGUUGUAUUAAACAAAUGGACUAAGCUGUGCAGCAUGGAUCUUACAGGAAACCCCAUCUGCCACAAACCGAAGUACAGGGACAGGAUUGUUGUACAGUCACCGACUUUAGAAUACCUUGAUGGGAAAGAAAUUAAAGAAAUUGAAAGAGUGUUCCUAAUGAAUUGGAAAGCCUCCAGAGGUGUCAGGAAAAAAAGCAAAGGAAGAAUGACAAAUGAACAUGCAGACUAUCUACAUUUUUCUGGCCUUGAAACACCUCAUUCUAUUCUCACUUUUAACUAUAGUCCAUCUCUGACAGAAAAAACAAAUAUUUUAAUUCUGUCUGAGACGCACGAAGACAGAAGGAAUCCUCUGCCAGCAACUGUGGAAGAACAUAAAUCAGAGGAAAGCUCAGGUUGAGGAGGAAUCUGAAGUAAAAUGGCAGAGCCAAGCUGAACUUUAAAAGAAGUUACAGGAUGCACAGUUGGCCAUUAUUGGAUUUUUUUUCCUUCUCGAAACUAAAAAAGAAAGCUUAUUGACAUCUAUUUGAAUAUGUUAUCUGUGUCUUUAUAAUCUAAAAAGCAGACAAAAUUAAGUAUGUUGAACUUAACACUGCCUUGCAAGAGCAUUCCAAAUGUAAGGUGACUGCCGAUUUAUUUAGAAGCGACGUUCUGUAUUGUAAGCAUGUGAAAAUAUCGGCACUUAGUGGGCUAACUAGUUGUCUUCUUCUUAACUUUCCUCAGCAAAUAAGUUUCCUUUAACCAGUGUCUUAGGUUAUUUCCAUGUAUGAUACUCUUAACAGCUACUCAGAGGUGUGCUAGUAGUCCCAUAGUGCAAGAAGAGAGCCAUCAGCACAUGAUGUGUGAGAAGAUUCGUAGUCCUAAAAAGCUAUUUCCAUGAUUAGGAUUUUUUCAGUUUCUGAUAAAUGAAGUGGAAUAGUUAGAAAAAAGCUCAACAAGAUUGAUGGUAUCUGUACUGAUGAAUUUUUGGGUUGGGAAUAUUGCACGUUAAUUUGACAUCAGCUUCUGCUUUAUGUAGCUGGGACUUGAAUUUGGCUGCUUUGCUCUGGUUUGAGUAAUUAGAUGAGUGCUCAAGUCUUCAGAUACAGGAAAACUCCAAAUGUACAGAUAAGGAAAGUAUGGACUGCAAAUUGCCCUUGGAAUGAAACCUUUCCUAAUGGAGUUUCUCUGUCUGAAUGUCAGUAUGUCAGUAUAGAUGUCUUGUGCUUGAGACCCUCAAUGAAAUAAGGAAAGAAUUUUCCCAGAAUCAGAAAAUCUGUCUUUUUACAUUCAGCGUUUUGUGUAUUUUGUUGUCAUUUAUGUUUUGUUGUCUUUAGAUAAAUGUAAUUCAAAUAAACUUAACUCUCGUAUGCAUUUUCCCUGAGUUACAAGAUACUUUUCAAUGGUAGUAAAGAAACAGAUUUCCAAAACUAAUGUAGUAAUUGAGUGAUAUCCCAGCCUGGAGCUGUCACUUGCUUCCAUUAAA